AUGUCUACGCCGUCCUUUGCUGAACUGGAGGUCGCUGCUGGAGCAGUAAUUGAUAUCCUCAAAACCAUGCCUGAAUUCUCGAACUCCAGAAUAGCUGUCAUCGGGGGCUUGGGUCUUUGGAAUUAUCUCCGACGCUAUCGCACUACUGAGGAUGUCGAUUUCCUCAUCACUGUUCAAGGAGCGCCCAAAGCAGUCAAGGACAGGCUGCUUGCUAUGCCAUCGAGUCAGUUCCAGCAACAGGCUCAACUCUUUUUUUACAAAGGAGUGGGCGGCAAGUCGAUUCAAAUUGACAUCACUCCUGAUUGGCAGUCUCCCUACGUUCCAUCCGCCGCGGUGCCAAUAUCGGCAGCUCGAUCAAACGCCUUGCCUUAUAUUUCCGAGCUUGAUCUUCUCGUCUUCAAGAUCAAUUGUUGCGGUUUGCGACCCACGCCGGCCAAGAAGCUACGUGAUGCAACCGAUGCAAGGACAUUGGCAGAAGAUAUGUGUUCCAGAGGAUCUAUUAAUCUCACGCCUGCUCAAAAGAGUGCUGUUCUCCAGGGCUUAGAUGAUGUAGCCCAGCUCUCCAGAAGAGAUAAGUCGUGGUGGAUGGCAAAGUUGGCACUGUAA